UCAGUGUAAAAUUCACUCAUAAAAACAAUAGUUUUUAAGAAUGCAGGUGACAGUAUUUCAUUUUGGCGCGCACUGGCCGGCCGUUUUACUUUUUAAUUUUUGAAGUAAUAAAUUGACAGUGUUUACUUUUUAAAAAAAUGAAUGUGACUGAAGUGAUGAGCCUUCUGCUACCAAGUACUACUAUUUCAACUGAAAUAUUCACAUCUGAAAGUAGUUCAAGUAGUGAGUCAACAAUGUUAUUACAAUCUAAUUCUUUGUUAGAUCAAACUAGUGAGAUUUUCACGGAUACAACUACAUAUUUUCCGGAUACGACAACGGUGUCUCCUGAUUUUCGGACAUGGUUAACAGACAUUGUCUUAAAGCGGUCGAUCCUCCAAGGUAGCUUCUGGCAAGGGUUCCUCGCGUCCCUCUCCGUAGUCAUAGUGUCAGAAUUAGGGGACAAGACCUUCUUCAUCGCAGCCAUCAUGGCAAUGAAGCACCCCCGGAUAAUCGUCUUCGCCGGGGCCAUAUCAGCCUUGGUCUUCAUGACUAUACUAUCCGCUGCUUUCGGCUGGAUAGCCACUGUUAUACCGAGAGUCUACACGUACUAUAUAAGCGCAGCUUUGUUCGCAAUAUUCGGUUUGAAAAUGCUAAGGGAUGGGUGGAAAAUGGACCCUAAUGAAGGAAGGGAGGAGUUGGAGGAAGUACAGAGUGAGUUGAAGAGGAGAGAAGAUCAGGAGGCUGCAAAAGACCAGGCGAAAUCGUCCGCUUCGGGGUCUCCUACAUCAGUUAGUUCUAAGAGAUCUGGGCCUUCGCGGUCCCCAGAAGGCGAAGCCCCUGGGACCCCAGAGGAGCCCCAAGCGGGUCCCUCGACGCAAUCAGAACCACUGAGGGAAGAAAAAGAAGAAACGCUUGACAUGUUAGAGCAGGGGCAAGUGGAGAGGAGGCGGAAACGAAACGCUGUCAUAAAGGUGUUGCUGCAAGCGGCAACGCUGACGUUCCUCGCGGAAUGGGGAGAUCGGUCGCAGUUGGCGACGGUAGUGCUGGCGACGCGCGAGGACGCGGUGGGGGUGGUGGUGGGGGGGUCGCUGGGACACGCGCUCUGCACCGGACUCGCCGUCAUCGGUGGCCGGAUGGUGGCGCAGAAAAUCUCCGUGAGGACUGUUACAAUAAUCGGUGGUAUAGUGUUCCUAUUUUUCGCUGUAAGUGCACUAUUUAUUGGCCCCGGCGAAUAGUCCACGGUAAUUUUUUCAUGUGUAAGUGACAAUAGUAUAAUGUGAAAUUGUUAUAGAUUAGUAAAUAUCUAUUGUAUGACGUUAGACUCGUCGAUUCUGUUAACGCUAAGUCAAUUGUGUCUCUUUAUUUGUCGCUCAGUGAUAAAAUUAUGACUUUGCGACGUAGAUUAUGACUUUUCAAUAGUAAGGCUAGCAUUUUAAAACUUUCGCGCUUUGAACACAAGAUAGUUGAGACGUCAGGUACAUUUUUGUUUAAUGUAGCUAACGUUACAACGACCUUGCAAUCGCCAUGCUCUGAGCCAGGCUGCGACCACGGCCAUUGCUAGGCCUUUGAAAUAUCAGUUACAUUAAAUAAAAAAGGUUAUUAGUUUGUAAAGUUUGUAGUAAAGCUAUAAUGUUACUAUUGAAAAACCAUAUACACAUUAUGGAUUAAUGUUUGCAGAAUCGCCACCCUGAUGCUUUUGGCAAAAUCAUGUUUUUAGGGAACAUAUUGUAUAUUGAUUAUGACUUUUCACAUUAUUUGAGAAAUCAUGGUUAAAGGAGACACAAAGUGCCUCUUAGUUUUGUUUGAAAAACUACAACAUUCUGAACUAAAUGCCACUCAAUUUGAUAUUAUCAAGAUUUCCCUAAUUUUAUCUUGAUUCUUUCGAAAAUACAUGUCUAAAUUUAAACUGUCUUGUACAGACUAAUAUAAUUUAUUACACAGAAUACGAUCUGUAUAAAAAAUAGUUAAGUAAAAUCGUACGUUUAAAUCUCAUGUAUUGUUCGCAGAUGUUUUUAGUAAAUAAAUAAAGUUACUCUAUGACCAUUGACCAUGUCUAGUUGGUGUGGUCAUUCACUAACUUUAUUCAAAAAACUAAACAGUUUUAAUAAAACAAAUCUAUUCAAACCAAAACAAUGCGUAAAAAUCACGAUGAAUGAAAAAAAUUGAUAUUCAAGAUGGCGGUAGUUCGAAAUGUUCGAAUUGCAAAAUUUCUGUUGACAUUUACUUUUUUUUAGUUGUCCAAUAAAACGAAUGGAAAUACUUGCCUCUUGAAAUGUUUUUUUUUGCAUUUAUAAUCUAAAUCUAUACUUCAGAUCAUCAUCCAAGCACAGACGUCACAAAACAAUGACAAUCGCUUACGUAUUUGCAUUUCACUGAGAUAGCGCUGAUCUAGUUGAAAUUGAUAAAUAUUUAUUUAUAGGAUUACCGCUAUCUUGCAGUGUCGGUCUGUAUUUAACUUGAAUUUAUUGAGAAGUGUAAUAGCAAAUGAAUGCCAAGAAAUUACUUCAUGAUAUCAUAAGAUAAUAAAAAGCUGUUCACAAUAAUUUUAUUUCUUGUUUUGGUGACUUUUUAUACAUUAAAAAAAUAUAAUAAAAGAGCCUGAAGCUCCUAAAAGUCGCUUAUAAUACUAUACACGAUAAUAUGUGGCCGUCCAAAUCAAAAGGGACC